GCCCAGGUUGGGCUCCCCGGCCAGCUGAGAAGAGGACUGCAUUGCACAUGCGCAGACAGAGCACCACGUCAAAAGGCCAGGAGAGCGCGCAUUCCCCACGUCCUGAGCGCCCGGCUGUCAGGCAUCAGUCCCAGCCUUGACUCCCGCCGGGCCAAGGCUGGCGCGCCCACGUGUGAAGAGCGAUGCCCCGGGAGAUCAUCACCCUGCAGCUGGGCCAGUGCGGCAACCAGAUUGGGUUCGAGUUCUGGAAACAACUGUGCGCCGAGCAUGGUAUCAGCCCCGAGGGCAUCGUGGAGGAGUUCGCCACCGAAGGCACUGACCGCAAGGACGUCUUUUUCUAUCAGUGACGGCCGCCUCUGCCCUCCCCCGACAGGCAGAUGAUGCCCGUGCUGCUGGACCUGGAGCCCCGGGUGAUCCACUGCAUCCUCAACUCCCCCUAUGCCAAGCUCUACAACCCCGAGAACAUCUACCUGUCGGAGCACGGAGGAGGAGCUGGCAACAACUGGGCCUGCGGAUUCUCUCAGGGUGAGAAAAUCUAUGAAGACAUCUUUGACAUCAUAGACCGAGAAGCAGAUGGAAGUGACAGUCUAGAGGGCUUCGUGCUUUGUCACUCUAUUGCUGGGGGGACAGGUUCUGGCCUGGGCUCCUACCUCCUGGAGCGACUAAAUGACAGGUACCCCAAGAAGCUGGUGCAGACAUACUCAGUGUUUCCCUACCAGGACGAGAUGAGCGACGUGGUGGUGCAGCCCUACAACUCACUGCUCACCCUCAAGAGGCUGACCCAGAACGCAGACUGCGUGGUUGUGCUGGACAACACAGCCCUCAACCGGAUCGCCACGGACCGCCUGCACAUCCAGAACCCAUCCUUCUCCCAGAUCAACCAGCUGGUGUCCACCAUCAUGUCAGCCAGCACCACCACCCUGCGCUACCCCGGCUACAUGAACAACGACCUCAUCGGCCUGAUCGCCUCGCUCAUCCCCACACCGCGCCUCCACUUCCUCAUGACCGGCUACACCCCCCUCACCACGGACCAGUCAGUGGCCAGCGUGAGGAAGACUACGGUCUUGGAUGUCAUGAGGCGGCUGCUACAGCCCAAGAACGUGAUGGUGUCCACAGGCCGGGACCGCCAGACCAACCACUGCUACAUCGCCAUUCUCAACAUCAUCCAGGGGGAGGUGGACCCCACCCAGGUCCACAAGAGCCUGCAGCGGAUCCGGGAACGGAAGCUGGGCAACUUCAUCCCCUGGGGCCCGGCCAGUAUCCAGGUGGCCCUGUCAAGGAAGUCUCCCUACCUGCCCUCGGCCCACCGGGUCAGCGGGCUCAUGAUGGCCAACCACACCAGCAUCUCCUCGCUCUUCGAAAGUACCUGCCAGCAGUACGACAAGCUGCGGAAGCGGGGUGCCUUCCUGGAGCAGUUCCGCAAGGAGGACAUGUUCAAGGACAACUUUGAUGAGCUGGACAGGUCCAGGGAGGUUGUUCAGGAGCUCAUUGAUGAGUACCAUGCGGCCACUCGUCCGGACUACAUCUCCUGGGGCACCCAGGAGCAGUGACUUCUCUCCCCACUAUUCCUCCUGGACAGUAAGCGCCGCGCCCACCAUGCCUGAUCUCUGUGACCCAACUUCGCCUCACCGCUAUCCCUUCUAGUCAUCUGCUCAGGAGCUGGCCUUAUUCCUCUUCCAUGCCCUGACUCCUGACACGAUCAUGCCACUCUGAUAAAGGAAUAAAGCUUGGUUGUGAAUGUA